CAACCAUAGUGAACCUAUUCACCCACCUCCAGAUCCCAUCGAUGCAGUGCGAAUGCCCCGGAAGCCUGACUGCUAUGACUGUCGCGUAGCCAAAUCGAAUAUCCCUGCCCCCAAUGGAUACCGCGUCGGGUGCGUCGGCGCCCCCAAACGGCAGCUCGAAUCCGUCGCAACCACCCCCGGUUGCGGCGAUACCGGUCACCUCGAGUACGACACCAGCACUGACGCCGACGACGACGAAGACGGGAAAUGGCAGUGCGCCCACUACGAGCACCAGCUCCAUGCCCACAUUUCCCACUCUCUCCGCUAGCACCGCCGAGCUGCUGGCUCGCGCGCGCGCGAGCGUCGCGGGGAGCGGGACCCCUGGCUACGAAGCCGCGCGGGAACAGCUCAUGAAGAGUAUGGUGAUGAGCGACAAAUUGCCAAUACCGACGACUAGCACUCUGCCCAAGCGAGGACGUGGAGGGAAAAAGGCACGCGGGGCGGACGGACGGUCACCGAGCGAAAGCACGCCAGGCUCAGUUGCGACACCAACUUCGGAACGAGGGAGGGGGAAGACGGCAAGAGGAAGGGGACGAGGGAGAGGUGGUGGACGGGGCGGGAAGCGCAAACGAAGCGAGAGCUUGGAGAGCGAUGCCUGGAAUGAUACAACCUCAGACUCGGACGCUGACCACACCAAAACAAAGGACGACUCGGACGACUCAGACGACGCCUCACACGCCUCUGCCUCGUACACGCCGUUGCCAAAGGUGACCAAGUCUGGGAGGUUCGUCAACAAGCCGUCGCAAUACGUGCCCGUCAUCCCAGAGCCGGCCUCGCAUCCCAACAAGAAGAAACGACCGUAUCGACGCAACAUCGACGCCGCCGUUUGCAAAAUGUGUCACCGGCCCACCAGCCCGACCAACAAUCAGAUCGUGUUUUGCGACGGGUGCAGCACGCCGUACCACCAGUACUGCCACGACCCGCCGAUCGAGAAUGAGGUGGUGGAAGUGCAGGAGAAAGAAUGGUUCUGCGUCGAGUGUGUGAAAGCGCGGGCUGGACUCGAGAAAGGCGACGACGAAGGUCUGGUAUCUGGCGAGCGCCUCAGCAUGGACGAGAAACGUUCGCGGUUGAAUGCCUUGCCCCACGCAAGACUGGUCGAGAUCGUUCUCCGCGCCUCGUCGCUCCAACCCACCCUCGCUCUCUUCCCCAGCACGAAUCCCCCGGCCGCACCUCCCGCAACCACAGCAGCGACCGCAACAACGUCGUCUGCGGCAUCGUCGGCUUCCCUCUCUGCGACGGCCGCAGUGACAACCCACCACACGUCCGAGGCAGCCUUCCACAACGGCGCCGGCAACGCAGGCGACGCUGAAGAGCCCUACGACGGCUACGACACCGAUCCGCCCGCCCACUAUCCAAAGGCGGGUAACGGUCUGGCCAGAACGCUGCCGCCCGAGACGGAGGACCUCGACUGGCUCGUGGACGAGAACGACGACGUGUUCAGCCAUCACGUCCGGCCGCUGAGCCUCGGCCUGAACGGCGGCGACGUAGGCAUGAGUGGAUCCUGAGCACUUCUAGAAAUCCGCGCAUUUCGUACCUCUCACCAAUUUGCUCCCCUCGCCUUGUUGCUGAAGACUUCCCUUUGAACUACCCUCUAUUUUUCUUCUACUUUUUAUAUCCAUUUUGCUUCCCCCCCCGCCCCCUCUUAUGCUCGUUCGAAGCAGAGCAAGACGUCACUACGGUUGCUUUUUCUUUUUCUUAUUCUUUUAUAUCACGGCUUGGACCAGGCUUUGGGAAGGCCGGGCUGGCCGGGGCGCCAAGGUAUGUGUGUUUUUGGUUUUUCACGGAAGGAGUUCUGGGGGCGAGGGAAGGGAAUCAGCGUCAAAGACGAAAGGGAUGCGCGGCUGGAGGAGACCUGGACACGUUCUGCUAUUCUACGUUCUUAUCUCUUUUUGGUUGGAGGCGCGCGCGUUCUUGGAGGACAUCUGCCUUGCGCCAGCGCUCCAGGGGGCCAAGCGGAGGAACAAGGAGCGAGACCUACACAGAUGACAUUCCACCGCUUCGUACGCGACUUAUGAUCAUCGUGCGAAUUUUAGGAACGGAGUCUCGCAGGAAAAGAAGAAGAAAAAGUGGGGAAACGGAACAAAAUAAGGGAAGACGUGCAGAGGGGCAGGAAACAGCCUCGAUUUUUUUUUGGCCUCGAGCAAUGACGUCUAAUUUUCCCAGGUGACCGAUUCGUCGCUAAAGACUGAAUGGGCAAAGAUUGUUCUCAUAACGAUUUCUCCUCGCUCCUCCCUGCCCUCUCUAAAGACGUGCACAAAUGUACAUACAUGUGUGGGACAUGGCAUGUGUGUGUAUGCGGGUGUGUUUGUUUAUGCGUGUGUGCGUGGAAUGGGAAGACUUGUUGAAGAGCAACUGUGAGAGUGUCAUGUCUGUGCCUCCGUGCGAUGCGCGUAAAAACCUAUGCCCUCGCCCUCGUCUUCGUGACGUUUAAAGGCAGCGUCCACAGGAAGCGGUAAGCGACAUGAAAAAGACGGAAAAAAGAAAAAAAAAAUAAUUCAGUGAAUGCGCCAGGAGGGAUGUACAUUUCUCCUCCAUGAUCCCCCAUUUCUUUGAACAUUCCCUUACUGAGUCGUGAGAGAAGAAUUGCUUUCCAAAGCCCCCCAAAAGCGUAUGAAAUCGAUCUUGACGACGACGACGACGACGAUGAUGAUGAUGAUGAUGAUAAUUAUGAUGAGGUGGAGGACUGGAGAUCAGAUGUGGACUCUUACGACGAGGACAGCAAAUAUGACUCUUUGGGCUGAAUAAUUCGGCUUCCCG